AUGGAUACAGAUAACACAAUUUCAAGUAAGUAUGAAGUUCACCUUCAAGCAAGUCAACGUCAAAUCUGUGGUGAAGAAAGAGAAAAAAGGAAGUAUGUUCUUCAACAAAAGAGAAACAACAGAGGUUGUCAUCCUGCAUCAACAUCUGAUUCUGUUGAAAGGAUUCCAUUUUCAAAUACUUCAAGUGGUUCAACCAACAAUGUCGAAAGAAGGAAUGUCCAUCACACUCCUUUUGGAAGUACUAAGCAAAUAUCCAAUUUUGUUGAGAGGACUCCGUUAUCAGAUAUUACAAAUUGUGGAAUAUCUAAAAUUGAAUUACAAAUGAGUGAUGAGAUGUUACCAGAUUCUGUGGUUAAGAAGAUUCAUGGAAUUUCUAAAGAUUAUAUUGAUCAUGGAGAUGUCAUCUUUGUGUGUUCUAAAUGUGAUGCAAUGUUAUGGGAAGAUGAAAUGCUUAGGGGAAAUCAAAAACGUAACAAAACAUCAUAUUCUCUUUGUUGUUCAAAUGGAGAUGUUGAGCUACCACGACCGCCUACACCUCCUCCAUUACUACGUCAUUUAUAUAAAAGUCGUACCUCACAGUCUCGCAAUUUCAUGGAUAAUAUUCGAGCAUAUAACAUGAUGUUUUCCUUCACAUCUCUUGGUGGAAAGGUUGACAAAAGUUAUCAGAGAGGUAAAGGUCCUUAUGAAUUUAGACUACAAGGUCAGAAUUAUCAUCGAAUGGGUAGUCUACUUCCAGACGAUGGGGAAGAACCUAAAUUCCCCCAGCUUUACAUAUAUGAUUCACAAAACGAAGUUGUAAAUCGUCAAAAAGCAAUAGAAUGCAAAACUACAAGAAACAACCAGCUUGAUAGUACAACCAUAGAGGGUCUUAAAGAUAUGUUGGAUUCUUGCAAUCCUCUUGUCCAAUCCUUCAGAAUGGUAAGAGAUUGUUUUCAAGAAAAUGAGUUUCAAGAUGACGUUGUUAGAAAGAAGUCGGUUGGUCUUCAAAGAAUUAACGAGCUUCAUCCCUCUUACCUUGCUUUGCAAUAUCCACUUAUUUUCCCAUAUGCGGAAGAUGAUUAUAGAGUUGGUAUUAAACAUAGAGGGAUUGCGAUUGAUGAUGAGCAGUUUUUGGUUGAUGGAUACACGAUGAUAGAAUCUGCCAGGUUGAAUUAUAUAAGGACACAACAACCUAAACUUAGAGUACAAAAUCUUAAGACCUUGAAUGCUACUGUUGAAAGUGGAGAGAAUAAUGCCUCAAGUUGUGGUAAACCUAUACUUUUACCUUCAUCAUUUACUGGUGGUUCUAGAUAUAUGAUGCAAAAGUACUUGGAUGCUAUGGCAAUUUGCAAGUCUGUUGGAUAUCCCGAUUUAUUCAUAACGGUGACUUGUAAUCCAAACCGGCCUGAGAUUUACAGGUGUUUGCACGAUAAAGCUCUUAAUGCUGAAGACAGGCUGGAUAUUAUCUCUAGAAUAUUCAAGUGUAAAUUGGAUCAUCUUAUAAAAGAUUUCAAGAAACAUAAAUUCUUUGGUGAUAUACAAGCAGUUAUGUAUACAGUGGAAUUUCAGAAGCGUGGACUCCCACAUGCUCACAUAUGUUUGUUCUUGGGUGCUGAAAGCAAAUUUCCAAAUGCAUCUGAUAUUGAUCGUGUUAUUACUGCUGAGAUACCAGAUAAAGAAAGAGAUCCUGAAUUAUAUGAGCUUGUCAAGCAAUUUAUGAUUCAUGGACCAUGUGGAUAUCUUGUCUAUCGUCGCCGUCAAACAAGUAAUACGGUAGUAAAGAAUGGUGUGACACUUGAUAAUAGAUUUGUAGUUCCUUACAAUGCUCUCCUGCUCAGAAAGUAUCAGUGCCACAUUAACGUUGAAUGGUGCAACCAGUCAGGUUCUAUCAAAUAUUUGUUUAAAUAUAUUAAUAAGGGGCCUGAUAGAGUCACUGCUUCUGUUUUUCAAUCCAAUAGCACCAAGAAUAAUACGGAACAGAAUGUAGCUGUAGAUGAGAUAAAAGCAUACCUUGAUUGUAGAUAUAUCUCUGCUUGUGAAGCUGCUUGGAGAAUAUUCAUGUAUGAUAUACAUUAUAGAUAUCCAGCUGUUGAAGUAAUACCUUUUCAUUGUGAAGAUGGUCAGAGUAUUGUGUAUAACGAUCAUGAUAAUUUGUGUGAUAUUGUUACUGAUCCAACUGUGAAAAUGACAAUGUUUACAGAGUGGAUGAAUUGUAAUAAAGUCGAUGAAUUUGCCAGGACAUUGAGGUAUGUUCAGUUUCCGGGAUAUUAUGUAUGGAAUGCUAAAAAUCGUGAAUGGAAUCGAAGAAAGCAUCCGUAUGGAUCAAUUGGGAGGGUACAUUCUGUCCCACCAUCACUUGGUGAUUGUUAUUACCUAAGGAUUUUGCUGAAUCAUAUUAAGGGACCAACCUGUUUUGAAGAUAUAAAAACAGUUGAUGGGCAGAAUUUGGAUCUUCAACAGGAAGAACUUGAAAAUAUCUAUCUAUCUGAAAUUGAAAAGUUGCUACUUACCAAUGGAAGUACAGUGAGAAAUUUUGAUGAUAUGCCAAGUGUUCCGGACAAUUAUGUUUCAUCGUCGAACAAUCGAUUGAUAAUGAAAGAAUUAUCGUAUGACAGACUAGCUCUUCAAAGGGAACAUGAUCGUUAUGUAAAGUGUUUAACUGCCGAACAGGAAAGGAUAUAUAAAAUUGUUAUAGAAGCGAUUGAAAAAGGUGAUGGAGGUGUGUUUUUUGUAUAUGGUUAUGGUGGAACUGGAAAGACGUUUCUUUGGAAGACAUUCUUAGCUGCAUUACGAUCAAAAGGUGAAGUUGUAUUGAAUGUUGCAUCCAGUGGAAUUGUUUCACUUUUGCUAGAUGGUGGUAGAACUGCUCAUUCAAGGUUUGUAAUUCCAAGAAUUCAAUAUGUUCGAUAG